AUGGAAUGCAAAUUUAGUAAUCAUAGGGAAGCUAGUGUUAGGGUGACUAAGUUUGAUGGUGAGGUAGUACCAAAGAAUAACCAGUUUCAAUAUUUGGGAUCAAUUAUUCAGAGUGAUACUAAGAUAGAAAUGGAUGUCAAGCAUAGGAUUCAAGCAGAAUGGUUUCAAUAUUUGGGAUCAAUUAUUCUGAGUGAUACUAAGAUAGAAAUGGAUGUCAAGCAUAGGAUUCAAGCAAGAUGGGUGAGAUGGCGAAGUGCAUUCGGUGUAUUGUGUGAUCGCAACAUGUCUUUAAAGUUGAAAGCAAAGUUGUAUAAAAUAACUAUUAGUUAUGCACUGGUUAGAAGAAUUAAGUCUCUAAAUCUAGGAGAGAUCAAAAUCGCUAGAGGUAGACCGCAAAAGACAUGGAAGCGAAUAAUAAAAAACGAUAUGAUGAUUAAGGAAUUAGAUGAAAAUUCGGCUUCAGAAUACGAGAUAUAA